UGUUUACAUUCAAUGAAAGCAAAUCGAUUUUAAUAGUUUAAAGUCAACUCGGCUAAUUUAUUUUAAAUUUCUUAGGUUUUAUGAUAUUGAAAGAAUUAAUUUUAUUAGCACCUCAAAAUGACAACGGCGACAUGCACCGGCAGGUGUCGAUUGUGUUUGGAACUGUUUGCUAAAAGUUUCUCCUCGAUUGAAAACCCUGAACUGCGAGAACAGAUGACGAAGGUUUUCAGCUUUGCGAUCCCUUCGCAAGACGGUAUCACUUCAGAGGUUUGCCAAAUGUGUUCGUACACAAUCAGCGACUUCUAUCAAUACUCAGAAAAGGUUCGACUAAACCAGGAAAACUUAUUGAGAGAACUUGGCAAGCAAACCCCAUUACCCAAAAAAUACAAAUUCGACGUUGAAAGCAUCAAAAUCGAAGCGGACAGUUAUGAGGAACUUGACAAAUCUUUUAAUAUCAAAAACAUCCAAAGCGAUAACAAAGAAACAAACAUUGGUAUGUCAUCAAACAUUGAGUUGGCGAGUAUAGAUAUCAAAACUGAAUUGGAUAGUGAUGAAGAGACCGAAGAUUUUCCGGAAAAUAUUGAUUCAAACGAACCUUUGCUCAGUUCUCAACUAUCUUCUAUGAAUUCAAAUUUGGCGACUCUAAACACAGAAACAACUCAAACGGAGUCACAGAUAUCAGAUUGUUCAACAUCAAGUAUAAGUGAAACGUUGAGCGGGCACGACAAGUUUCUCAACGAGCAUUUCAAUAUAGCUUGCGUACUCUGUAGUGCCACUACGUUGACUUUCGCAAAAUUGCGUAAUCAUUUUCGCUUAAAGCAUGGUCAAAACGAUGCAUAUGUGAUGUGCUGCAACAAGAAAUUUGCAAAACGAGGCGAUAUCGUAAACCACAUCAAGUUGCACCUUAAUCCUGAUGCCUUCCAAUGCGAUCUAUGUGAGAAGCGUUACAAGAGCCAAGAAACUCUAACUCAACACAAACUGUUCAAACACAUGGAUGAAAAUCUACCGGACGCAGAAUCAACAUCUUCAACUCUUGUUCAAGGACAGCAGGAACAAACGGGAAGCACAGGACAAGUGGAAGUUGAAGAGGAAAACCGCGCAAUUCUAACCGAUGACGAACUCGAUUCAGAAGUUGCAGCAAAAGAGGAUCAAUAUCUAAGCGAGUACUUUACCUUAACAUGCUUUCAAUGCAAUGCAACAAAACCAACUUUUACGGAACUGCGUCACCAUUUUCAAACAGCGCACUGCAGUGAUCAGGUAUAUGUAACCUGUUGCAAAGAGAAGUUUAGCACGCGUAGCCGUCUCAUAAGCCAUAUCAAAAGUCAUGGCAAUGCUGUACAUUUCAGUUGUGAAUACUGUGGCAAGCCUUUUGCAACCAGAUUCAACAGGCGUCGGCAUAUCAAUACGAUACAUAAGAAUAAGGAUGAAGCGCCAUUUCAGGUGCGAAAGUGUGACAUCUGUGAGAAAGAGUAUCCUUCUUUUUUUGCGCUCCAAUGUCAUAAGAAAGCAAAGCAUGUGGAAAAGAAGCACGAGUGCGAAUUUUGUGGUAGUAAAUUCAAAGAACUAAUAUCUUUAAGGGAACAUCGAACGGUGCAUACGGGUGAAAUGUUGUACACAUGCGAGUUCUGUAAACAACGCUACCAGCUUAGAACUACGAUGUAUUCGCACAUCAAGCGGAAGCAUGCUAUCGAGUGGGCUAACAAAAAGAAACAGCGCCUUUGAACAGGUCUCUUCGAUCCACCGAUUCAGGUGUUCAUCGUAAUGCUGUAUCUAUCUUUCAUUCGCCUAGAUACCUGCACUAUCUUAACAACUCGCAACACGUGGCCUCUGGUUGCAAUACAUUUGAAGUCGUGGAAAAAGGAACAAACGUUUUUUAUACUACUCUGGUCGUAACAUAAAAAUAUAUUGAACAUAAAAAAUAAA